AUAAAAUCGGUGGUGUAGCAUUAGUCGUGAUAAGAAUGAACGAUAUCGCAACUGAGAAAAAUAGUCCCAACUACUACGAAAUCAAUUAAAAUGGCAACUGAUCAACGUCCCUCUGCCGACAGAGGGCGUGUCCUUGUGAUGCUGUUCAUUGUUGUGUCGUUGCUAGGGGUUAUUGCAAGCGUGUGUUUGAUAUACAUCCAACUUUUGGAAAUUAAAAACGAACUCGUUAAUCUGAAACAUUUAAGAGACGUUGAUGAAAAUUAUGGAGAUGAAAGGAAAGAAGACUUCCACAAGCACCGGUCUCAACAGAGACCUGUAGGUGUACAGAAGCGACAGACAGCCAACACAUUCAUGCAGGAAUUACUGCAGGCCCAGGCGCAUGUACUGGAAUCCCAUUGUGCUAACGACAGUCGACUGUGUAUGAGAGGUCCAAAGGGAGAUAAAGGAGACCCUGGACUUCCUGUUCAACGCAUCACUCCCCCAGCGCCACCUUCAAAGCAGUGCGCAUGCUUAGAAGAACCAAAAAUAGGACAAAUUCAAAACAUUGUCGCCAAAACCGGAAAUGAUGUAGACAUCACGUGCCAGGUGACCGGAAAUCCUCAACCAUAUGUGAAGUGGACAAACAAUGGCGCUACGGUUUCAACCAACUCAGUUCUACAUUUAACAAAUGUUGACAGUGGGACAUCGGGAAAUUAUACGUGUAUUGGACAAAAUAUUGUUGGAAUAAAAACGAAAACUAUCUCAAUAAAUAUUCAAUAAACGUAUAUUGAUUUA